AUGCAAGAUUAUGGCUCAGUUAAUUUAAGUGAAUGCAUUGAAAUGUGUGUAGAUAACUGGUUUGAGGAAAAUAGAGAAGAGUCAGAGAAAGGGCAUACUGAAGCGAUGCUGAUUUAUUCACAGUUGCUUUUCCAUGGAAGCGGAAAUCGAGAACCAGAUAUUCGGCAAGCUAUAUAUUGGCUGAGGAAAGCCUGCAAAACUAGCCCUGAAGCAGCGUUUAGAUUAGGGAGAUUAUACCAAAAGGGAAAAUACAUAGAACAGGAUUUGGAAAAAGCUUAUUUUUAUUAUAAAUUGGCAACUGUGUUCAGAUGUAAGUGUGGAAAUCAAAAAGAAGCAUACCACACAAAUCAAGUUAGCAAUGUCCAUCCAUGCUAUCCGUAUGAGGCUACAGAAACAAUUAACAGUCUUCCUCUCACAAGUUCAGCAAAAAAGAAAUGUGAGACAAACUUUAAUAAUUGGAGAUCAUCCAGUCUAAAAUAA